GGCGGGAUAAAAAAGCGAGGCCGAAGGUAGGCUGGCAGAUACGUUCGUUAGAUUACUCCUUUCUGCCCGUGGACGCCGCCGAGUAAGCAUCGUGAAAGUCUCCCCUCCCACCGCCGUCAUGUCUAAGUCAGAGUCUCCCAAAGAGCCUGAACAGCUGCGGAAGCUUUUCAUUGGAGGUUUGAGCUUUGAAACAACCGAUGAGAGUCUGAGGAGCCAUUUUGAGCAAUGGGGAACGCUUACGGACUGUGUGGUAAUGAGAGAUCCAAACACCAAGCGCUCCAGAGGCUUUGGGUUUGUCACCUAUGCCACUGUGGAAGAGGUGGAUGCAGCCAUGAAUGCAAGGCCACACAAGGUGGAUGGAAGAGUUGUGGAACCAAAGAGGGCUGUCUCGAGAGAAGAUUCUCAAAGACCUGGUGCCCACUUAACUGUGAAAAAGAUUUUUGUCGGUGGCAUUAAAGAAGACACUGAAGAACAUCAUCUAAGAGAUUAUUUUGAACAGUAUGGGAAAAUUGAAGUGAUUGAAAUCAUGACUGACCGAGGCAGUGGCAAAAAGAGAGGCUUUGCUUUUGUGACCUUUGAUGACCAUGACUCUGUAGACAAGAUUGUCAUUCAAAAAUACCAUACUGUGAACGGCCACAACUGUGAAGUAAGGAAAGCUUUAUCUAAGCAAGAGAUGGCUAGUGCUUCUUCCAGCCAAAGAGGUCGAAGUGGUUCUGGGAACUUCGGUGGUGGUCGUGGAGGUGGUUUUGGUGGGAAUGACAACUUUGGCCGUGGAGGAAACUUCAGUGGGCGAGGUGGCUUUGGCGGCAGUCGAGGUGGUGGUGGAUAUGGUGGCAGUGGGGAUGGCUAUAACGGAUUUGGUAACGAUGGUGGUUAUGGAGGAGGCGGCCCUGGUUACUCUGGAGGAAGCAGAGGCUAUGGAAGUGGUGGACAGGGUUAUGGAAACCAGGGCAGUGGCUAUGGCGGGAGUGGCAGCUAUGACAGCUAUAACAACGGAGGAGGCGGAGGCGGCUUUGGCGGUGGUAGUGGAAGCAACUUUGGAGGUGGUGGAAGCUAUAAUGAUUUUGGCAAUUACAACAAUCAAUCUUCAAAUUUUGGACCCAUGAAAGGAGGAAAUUUUGGAGGCAGAAGCUCUGGCCCCUAUGGUGGUGGAGGCCAAUACUUUGCCAAACCACGAAACCAAGGUGGCUAUGGCGGUUCCAGCAGCAGCAGUAGCUAUGGCAGUGGCAGAAGGUUUUAAUUACUGCCAGGAAACAAAGCUUAGCAGGAGAGGAGAGCCAGAGAAGUGACAGGGAAGCUACAGGUUACAACAGAUUUGUGAACUCAGCCAAGCACAGUGGUGGCAGGGCCUAGCUGCUACAAAGAAGACAUGUUUUAGACAAUACUCAUGUGUAUGGGCAAAAAACUCGAGGACUGUAUUUGUGACUAAUUGUAUAACAGGUUAUUUUAGUUUCUGUUCUGUGGAAAGUGUAAAGCAUUCCAACAAAGGGUUUUAAUGUAGAUUUUUUUUUUUGCACCCAUGCUGUUGAUUGCUAAAUGUAAUAGUCUGAUCAUGACGCUGAAUAAAUGUGUCUUUUUUUAAAUGUGCUGUGUAAAGUUAGUCUACUCUGAAGCCAUCUUGGUAAACUACCCCAACAGUGUGAAGUUAGAAUUCCAUCAGGGUGAUGCCAGGUUCCAUUUGAAAUUUAUUUGCAACCUGCUUGGGCACAGAAGCCGUUGUCUCCACAAACAUUGGUGUGGUUGAACUGACAGUUAAUGUGUUGUGACCUGGAGUUCACCGUUAAAAGGGUCACCCAAGCAAAGUCGUGGAGUUUAUUUGGUUAUUAAUAUGAUUGUUGGCACAUCCUAUGCAAUAUAUCUAAAUUGAAUUAUGGUAUCAGAUAAAAUUAUAGAUGGGAUUAAAGCUUGUGUAUCGUCCAUUAUCAUGUGUAAUCAAUAAACGAUUUAAUAUUC